AGAUCCAAGAUCCAGCAACACAGCAACAACCACAUCAUUUUCGUCAUUCCGAGUGGACUUUUGUUGCCCCUGUUGUUGUUACCCUUGUUGUUGUCUUCUUUCUUGCUACUGUACGAACCAUGUCUCUGUUGGAUCCAACCUUUUUUCCUCGCUACGACGAUCUAGCUAAAGAGCUGCGUUUGUUAGACGGAGUCGAGACAUUAUUAAAAGACGCCCAAACGGAAUUGGAAAAGGAACGCGCCGCAUUGGCGCAAUCGGAAUCGGAAUUGGCUUCGUUGAAUCAAUUUGCCGAGGAACAACGAGAGCGGAUUCAGUUGGUGCGCACGCAUUGUUUCUAUGGUAGUACGGCCUUGCAACCGCAAUUGUGGCUCCGCGGUGGCACCCGUGGAAAAAUUCGACGCGCUCAAGCCAAAUUGGAAACGUGUGAACAAGAACGACGACCACUCAUUGCACUGAUUCAACAAUUGCAUGAUGAGAUUCUUCCACCACUGCUGUCUCGUGUGGAACGAUUGCAAGCGGAGCAAAGUGACAAGCAGUUUUUGGAGGACUGUCAGUCGCAGAUGCGAGAUUUGGCCGUCGAAUUACAUCCCUCGCGGACCUACCAACAAUUGACACAGAAAAUUGAAUCGCAAGAACAAAAAGUACAAGAGACGCAACACGCCGUAGAGGCAGUCCACAGGUUGGUGGAACAGUGUGCCAAAGCAAAGUUAUUCUAUCACAGAGCCGAAAAUAGACUCCAAGAAGCAAAAAAACUCAAUCGAUCGGGGACGUUGGGGGAUUGUGAUUCCACACCAACGAUGGAAGACUCAUCACCCACCAAUGAUCAUGGACGACAAUCGAGGACGUUAGAGGAGGAUACGGAGGAUACAAAUAUCGAGACUGAAUAUGCGACAACAACAACGACAACCCCCGAAGAAUUGCCACCCAAUCGACGACGUCGAAGCAGUCGACAAUCUUCGCAAACAGAGCGUCAUGACAAUACCACUAGAAAUCGACAAGAGGAUCAUGCUCGUGUCGAAGCUCGCCGCGAACGACUCAAACAACAAGCCCGGGAUGAAUUCCAAAACGGUGUCGAUACGUUGAAACGAAGUCUGGCCAAUGCCAAUUGUUUGCCACCACCCGUCAAGGCACAGUAUCCAGCCCUCUGUCAUCCUCUGGAACGGGCGGCGCGACAAGACUUUCGCACCGUCAAGAAUCAUGUCGGGCUGGAACAAACCGGAACAGAAAUUUUGGAACAUGGGCAAGCGUUGCAUUCUCAAUUGCACGCAGAUCAGGAAGCGGCGGGAGUGGCCUUGCGACUGGCGCAAGCUGCCAAGGAAGAUGAAAAGGAUCGGAUUGUACAGGAAUUGAGAUUAUUGGUAUCAUCACAGCAAUCAGUAGUCAGUCCUCCUCGCGCCGUCACUGUGAUUGCCUCGGGAACUGCUGGUGAAGUGGGCGUUCCUGUCGUGGUGGCACGUCCCGUGGCAGACACGAGAACAAUCGCUGCCUCGGACACGGAGGUUUCUGCAACUGACGAUACCGUGACGAUCGAAACAGAGUACGUGCGGGAUUCACCCAAGACGGCUGCAGCGACAGUGCCUCACCCAGAGCCAUCGGCACCCGUUGAAAAAUAGAAAUACUGUGACUACAGUACAGUCAGUACAGUACACUGCUGGCUUGUAACGUUUACAACGAAAAAGCACAAGCGUAAGGAUUAGAAAGAAUUUAGAAACCUAAAUUGGUUUGGUUCUAGCUAGUUACGAAUUGUGAGAAACAAAAGUGGGU